UUUUUACGCACACACAAAAGGCUUAUUAAAUAAAUGUUACUAACAGAAAAAUAUUAGUUUGGCAAAGAGAACGUAAGCAAAGCGCGGCAUUAUGAUCGAUAUACUGUCAAUGCCGCGCCGCAACAACGUGGCGGGCAAUGCGGCACUCCUCAAGAUGAUCAGCAAUAAGACGGGGCUGCCGAUCAACAGUCUGCCGGGAUGGGAGCUCAUUCCGCUCAACUGUAAGCUGCCGAUGCUCAAGUGUCCCGGUAAUCAAGUGAUAUUUUCCAAGAACAAAAUUGGACAAUCGUUCAAAAGCGACAAACAGGAGUUUGAUACAUCGGUGACUGGGGCGGCCAUACCUGAGUACAAUCCAUUGCAUGAUUCGAAUCUGAGAACCUUUUACUCCAACGAGCGCAAUCUGAAGCGUUUGAGGGAGAACGGCGAGAUCACACAAACGAAUGAUGUGAUAUGCAAUCUGAAGGACUUCAACCAGCAUCGCCAGGAGCUGCACAAGUCACAGCUGUACUAUGUGCUGCACGCGUACAAGCGUCGCGAGGCAGAGCAACACGAUCGCCUGCUGAUAGCCAAUGCCGAGGCGAUCACCAAGCGCGAUCAUCUCAAUCUGGCGGCCCGUCAUCAGUGCUACGAGGAGGUGGUGGCCAGAAAGAUGCGCCUGGACAUGGAGAAGCACGAACGCAUGGUGCACUUGUCCAACAUUACGCUGGAGAAGAUGAAGCGAUUGGAAAACCUGGCGUCCAUGCAGAACCUGCUCCUGGAGCAUCGCAAGAUGCUGACAAACAUGCGGGUGCAGGCGCACAUCAGCCUGUGCCAAGAUCUGCAGAGAAAGUACCUCAUCAGGCAGAAGAAAUUGUUCCAGUUCAAGAAGGAUCGCUUCAACAAGAACAUGCGUCAGCUGCAGAAGCAGCGCAUGACGAAGAACAACGAGGGACAGAUGCUUUUCUGGAAGAAGCGCCUGGACGAGCGGAUUGCCAACCAGCAACGCCUUCAGAUUCUGCUCCAGGAAGUUGAGUUGGAGCGUGGGAUGUUCAUUGAGCAGCACAAGGCGAAAUACGAACUGAAAUGGAAGCAGAUCCAGGAUGAGAUCAAGGAGCGCACCCGCCAGACGGUGCUCAAGCGUCGGCCAAAGCGACGCAAGCGCAAGAAGAAGCCCAAGCGUGUGCAGCCAUCGUUCUGCGAGGAGUACCAGGCAACCUUUGAUGGCCUGCUGGACAGCGAGCUCUGCUAUGCCCUCAAUGCAGCCAUUGCCAUGGAGGGCCAUUCGCCGGUGACCUUUGCCCCAGACGAUCCCAUCUACAAGGCUGCCCAGUACAUACUCAACUACAUACUGACGGGCUUCACUGAAGAUCUCAGCGAGGAUGAAUGCGCCCUCAAAGUAUUGAUUUCGCGCAUUCGCGAUUUCCUAUGCGACGCCAUGAAAUACGUCAACUAUAAAGCAUCUCAGAUCAUUAACUUUGGCAGGGAUCAUAAUGGCAUGGACCUGGGCCCCACGGUGGCCAAGCCCUGCAUUCCACAAAAGAACUCGCGUGCCUCGCACGUCUCCUUCAGCGGUGUGGCCAGCACCAUUGGCGUGGGCAGCUACGAGAUCCAUCCGUUUGUGGAUGUACGUUCCUGCUCGGAGCGUCGGCCCACGCCGGCUGGUUCCCUGGCCUCGCUGGUGGUCAGCCAGAUUGGCGAGCAGAUGAUUCAGGACAAGGUGCGAUUGCCGCACUUGAAUCGCAACGAGAUCGUCUUCAUCGAGCACUAUUUGGUGAAGUUUAAGCGCGAGCUGCUGGUCGGCCUGGACAAGACGGUCUUUGCGGCCAUUCAGUGUCACUUUGAGAAUCGCAUGAUGGACGUGAGGGAGGAGCUGCUGGAGCUGGACCGAGAGUAUCUGUUCCAAGAAAUAGCCCGCGGCAUUCUCAGCUAUGCGGCCAAUCCGCUCAACUAUCAGUCGAUAAUCAAGCUGGCCGUUAGCGCAAUGUCCAGUGAGGUCAUUACGGAUCUGCAACAGACCAUCCUCAAGCCAGGCGUCAAUCCCCGCGGCCUCAACCAUCCUUGCAGCUGCGGCACAGAGCGGGAGCGUGACCAAUUUGCACUUUGCACGACUUAGGAGAGCACCCUCAAUGUCCAACGUUCUAUGAUUUUGGUAAAACGUAUCUGAAUAAAUUGUCCGUGUAUAGCUAAUAUUGAAAGACUCACAUGAAACCGCGUGAAAAGACGAACAACCCACGAACCCAGGGUACACAAUAUUUGAAUGUUUUGGCCAAAUGGAUAUGCCUUGUUUAAAUUGCAUUUGAUAUAUUGUAGGAAACACUCACCUCAACUUAACCAAU